AUGCUGGACUACCAGUCAGAGGACUAUUUGUCGUCCUCGCUGGCUUCAGCAAUUACCGUGCGGAUGCCCGUUAUCCAGACUGAUCCACCCGGUGAUGAUCCAUCGCAUCGGGCGGAUCCUGCAUCAGUCCCUCUGCCCCCUUCCCCUCCAGCAUCGCCCAUCUUGCCAACAGUUUCGCCCGUGCCAGAGGCGGAUCCAACCGUGGGGCCAGGUGAGUUGGGUGGCUCGGGCCGAUCCAGUCCCAAGUUAAGAAUGGCCGACUCCUCUCGGCCUGAAUCUAUACGCCCGACCACAGCUUUCGCGAUGCGCGCGCCUCCUCCAGAGGUAGAAGAUGUGCCCCAGGUUUCGUUCGAGGAGUUUGCCAUGCGCUAUCGCCAAAGCCAGCGCAAACGGGCCCAAAGGAAGCGCCUGGAAAAGCGCCUCCGCGCAACCAAGGUAUCCAUUGGAAACUCUGCGCGCAUGAUCCGGGUGGGAAAUACGAUCCAACGAGGUCUGGUUGAAGCUCUCAAACAUGAUGACAAGGCCAAUUUCGUUGCCCUCUAUCAUACUCUUUUUGACCUUCAGGAGUCCUGUGUUUCCAGCGCUCUCCUCGAUGAGCAUCAGGACUACCUGCCAGAUGAACGGGAGCUAUCCCCAGAAUCCGAACUGGAUCGUUCUUCUGACUUCUUUCACCAACUCAGCCCUCAAUCCCGUGCGGACUUGUUGGAGAUUUUGCGUCUGGUUCGCUCUGACCCGCAGUUCUUGGUUGACCGUCUUCGCAGCUUUACCUCUGCUCAACUGGCCGCAUUCACUUCCCCGGCCACCACAUUGGACUCCGGAGACCCUGCUUUUCCUUCCUCUUCAUCCCGGCUCCGCGGCCAAUAUGCUUUUAAUCGAAACCCGGCCCAAUUUGCCUCGUUCAAGAACCAUGCGUAUGCCUUUGAAAGGACCGAUCCAUUAACCAUCUUGCUUUGUAACGUGUUUGCCGCACCACUGGAUCCCGAGUCUCCCGAGGCCAGGUUACGUCUGGAUGUGUGGUCGACUGUCUGCGCCCAACUAAUGUCCCAUGGUAGCAGUAAAUUUUAUCCUCUCAUUGGCCAGAUUCUUUCCUCCUGGGCCACGGGCUGCAAUUGGAAAGCCCGUCCCAAAUUUGAACUCUACCUGAUGGAUAUCCUACAAACUGGAGCGUUUCUUUUGGAGCAUAUAGCCAGCCCUGCCGGAUUGGAUUUCGCCCCUGAUGCCUGGGACCCUUUGCGGACGGACGUUGCUGAGGAGUUCUUUGCUUCUGCCGUGGAUAAUCUUUUCCGUGUCCUGGAUGAUCCGGAUGGCGGAUUCCCUCGUGCAGUCUUGCAAUUUGCCAAGGCUGUUCUGAGGAAAAUGGAAUCUCCUGACAGUCGCAGUCGUUUCCUCGAGUACCUUUUCGUACAGUGGUUCUUCCCCAAGUUCCUCUACAGCGCUUUGACAUACCCCGAGACACACGGUUUGUUGCUAGACUUUCAUAUUCGAAAAGAUGCCCGCGAGAAGCUGCUUGGUCAGGUUGGGCUACGCGCGUACUCUCAAGUAUUUGCUGUUCUUCGGUCCAUGCAUCACUUCUCGAUUCUUCGUCCGUCAAUCAAAGAACACGUUGACAACAUGCUUUCCCGAUUCCAGAGUACAGUCCCUUCCGAUUCUGCGACAACUGGACUAUUCACUCAACGCGAUCACACAAUCCGCCGCGACUCCACGUCAAACUUUCUUCUACUGUCCUCAACGGAUACUCUCACAUUGUUAGACGCUCUUUUCCCGCAGAUCUGCUCUCCGGUGCAUUCAUCGCCAGCUUCCGCUGGUAUGCCAUCCUGGUCAACCAAUGUUUCCCCAUCGUACCACCUGCGUCCCGAGCCACCCAUGGAACCUGGUUUCUUCCGGCCAAACCCUGAAUUGAGCCCUAGGCCGACAUCACAGAGCGGUUCUAUCCUCUCCGUGGACUCUUCACAUGUCUCCGUUCUUGAGAGCGGAAUUGUACAGACUGCUGCAAGAAUUCGCUUCGAGCUGAGCGACCUAGAUGAACCAAGUGAACGAGCCAGACUAGAGCCCCCCUCUGAGGAGCACUGGACAGUAUUCUCUGUUACCAAUGACGGCCAUGGUCUCACGUGGAGUCUCCUCGCAGACCAGGUGAACGGACCAUCCAAAGGCUCUGCCAUAGAUAGUGACGAUGACACACAUUCCACCUGUCUAGGCCUGGAGGAGAACCACGAGGCUCUUCAAACUGCGAUCAUCCGUCUUGUUAAAGAGAGUCAUGUUUAUGAUGUGGACGAUUAUAAGCGCUCCCCCAGAAGCAUGCAAGUGGCGUCAAUCUCACUGAAACAGCAAUUUACCCAGGCAAUGGCUUCAUCCCAGAACGACUCCGACUUUGUUGGUGCGCACUACUGGUGGAAUGCCUCCCGGCAGCUACGCCAGGGGACACACCCGGCGGCCUCCUCAAGUGAUACAUGGAUCCUAGGUCCCAUGCACAGAUCCUGCACUCGUUCAUUGGAAAACUCGAUGGCCGUCAUUGAGCGAUGCGAAAAUGACUUUGUGUCUCUCGACCAAAGCCUGCACCGACUCCAGACGCAGGUCAAGGCGCUCAUGGCUACCGUCUCCAAAGUUCGCACCAAGAUGUGGUACAUGACCGAUGUGAAGAAUUCUAUGAGGUACGAAGAAGCCCGACAUGUGACCAUGGCUCUCAAGAUGAUCUAUUCCGCUCGGCCGUACAAUACCGAGAUGCCGGAAGAAUCACGGUCUCGGUCCGGAGCUCGUUCGUUAGGGGGAUCACUGUUCCAAAAGCCGGAGGUGCAGGUUAUGAACAUGAUGAAAGCACCUAGCAGCCAGGGUGGACCUAGGAAAAUGUCCGAUGAACAGGUAGAGUUGACUCGCAAGUGGCUGGCCCACAGCGGGAUUGAGAACUUCUGCAAGGGCGAGGAGCGAAUCCAUCGGUUCUGCUACGAGGUGCGGACCAGCAUCAACCGUCUAGUGGGUGAAACGAUGGCAGAAACACCGGUGCUUUGGGCAAGUGAAUUGUUCCAGAGAGAGCGGGCAAGAUACGAGGGCUAUGGCUCUCGAGCUUUCCCGGGUCUAUCAAUGCCCACGACCCCUCGGCCUUCUACUAAUGCGAGCGAGGAUUCGUUACACUCUUCUCAGCUUCAUGGUGCCAAUCUCCCCGUGCCUGAUCUACUCGCACGCUCACCUCAGGAUCCGCCGUCCUUUUUGGGUAGCAAGUCGUCUAUCCAGAGCCUGAUUCCAGACAAAUACCGGGCUACGCGUGAUCUGCCUUCUAUCGAUGUUUCUUCUAUUGGAGGGUCACCUGGUCGCGCUGCUUCGACAUCAACCGGUGAUACUUACAGCACCUUCUGGUCCGCGGGACAACGCCAGCCCAUGUACGCCGGUAGUGUCUCCACUGCCUACUCCCGGCCCCCAUCCAUGUUCAGCGAAGGUGCUACUCGUCAGCCUCGUCGUACCGAACGCAAGACGCAUGGGAAGACCGUAUUCAUGGAUGAGCUGCGGCAAACACUCACCAGCCUUCUCUUGAGCGACUUGGGGUCUCCCGUAUGGAGCUGUGGCAGCGAAACGGAUGCCUGGUUCACGAGUUAUCUCGAUCAACCCCGCAUUCAAGUCCAAAUGCAGAGACAUGCUGCAGUUCGGAGAUUUUACUCUGACUAUGAGGAGCGAUCAAAGAAUCUUCGUGAGAAGCGUCGUUCAUCAGGGGGUCGACGGAGCAGGUCUCUGGAUAAUCCCCGUGGACGUAUGCGAACAGACUCGUCAACGGAUGCAUCGAGUGUUAUACAAGAAACGCUAAAGGGCGAUGAUGAUGCUGCUUUCUCAUACAAGGGAGUCUUCCACCGACUGAUUGAGGUCUUCUCACGCCACGGAAAUCCUUUCGUCAAGCUGAACGCGUUGAGAGACCUGAGAUCACUGGUAGUGGCGUCGUUGAUAUCUUCAAAUGAUGGCAGUCCUGCCGGACCUGCCACUCGUUCCAUGUCUGAAACUGAGAGAGGGCGCGCCAAUGGCCCUCGGUCACGGGCUACACGACAAAGCUUCUCCGAGGCUCAUGCACCUACCAUGCCUCAGACAGGCACUGCAUUCCCUGCAAUGACUCCACCCGAGUCGGUGACCUAUGGCUCGAGACGCUCCGACUACUCAACGCCAUCGGAAGACCAAAUCGUGGCUACCCUGCGCGAUCUGAUCCUAGAAGUCAAACCCAAGACACUCUUCCGAGACUUGCAGUACAUCUCCGCUUUCGUACCUGGGGAGCAACUCAACAAAUCCGAUCGCGGAACCGCCUUCCUCCAAUUCGGACUGGCUGCACUAAGUCUCAAGGAUGAAGUGUGUCAUAGCAUGGUCGAGAUUGCAGACCGUAUUGUCUCUCAAGAGCUCAUGCGACGACAUGCAGGGGCCGACUUCUACCCGCGACCCAGCCCUGCCGGCCAUGCCAUUGAAGAUGCAGCGGCGAUGUGGAUCAUCACCGCUAAAGAGGGCAAUCCGGUUGCACAGCGCGAGUUGGCCAUUCUCUAUCUUACACAUCCUGAACGUCUCCAGCGUGUUACACUGCCACUUACUCGGCCGCGCGAUACUUUCAAGGCUGAGAUGAUGUACCGCCGUGGAAAGGACUCCAAGUCUGAUCCACAGAGUAUGUGUCUGGCACUUCACUGGAUGCAGCUUUCAGCCAACGGAGGCGAUCUGCUUGCACGCAAUCGUCUCCGUGAGCGUGAGGAGUUUGAUUCCAUUGCAUGA